AUAGAGAUGUUUAUUUCUAGGGGCUUGCUAUGCUGCUACUUUAACUUUAGAACGAUCGCAGUAUAGGGGAAUUCGAGGGGCGCGAGCGAGGAUGGUGCCGUUAUAAUGUUAUACUGGCUUGGUCGGAGGAGGUCCACCUAUGACCAUGUCGUCCAACUUCGUCGAAAUCCGGCAGGGGAUGGAUAUGGCCGCCGGCGGGGUGCUCGCCGUGCAUAUAUCUCCAUCCAAAAUUGUAAUUGAUACCAUCGUGGCCAUCCAUUUUGUAAUGGAUGAUUAGGAUUUUGGCGUACGGAAAUGGAGGGGGAGCACCAUAGCAGACUACCUUGCCCGAUGUCAGGCGGCGUAGCAGACCAUUGAAAGCAAAGCGGUCCGAAAUCCGACCGUACUCUGGAAGUCAGUCCUCUCUCUUUUUUACCCCAAAACCCCCUUUUCUCCUUCCGCUCAGUGCCGUCUCCCGCCGUCAACGCCCGAAUCGCCAACCGUUACGAUCCGACCAUCAGGGUUUUAGGGUUUCGGCUCAUCCUGCCUAGACAGUCCAUGCGCUUGCGAUCUGGAUUCGGCAUCGAAUGGAGAUGAUAAUAUCCCAUUUCUUUGAUAUCUGAUCUGAAGUGGUUAUUUUUCUCAAUUAAACCAAGUGCUGCUUUAUUUCAGUUUGCAGGAGACUCUGGAUGGUUCUUCCAUGGGAGAGCCAUUGGAUCAUAAUUUGGAUUUAGUUCCUGUAAGUGGAUCAUCCAUUGCUGGAGAAGAGUGGGAGCCUCAUGCUGAAAAAGUGCACGAGCCCAUUGUUAGAGGAGGACAAAACUUCAUUAAUGAAAAAAUUCAGGAAUCCAUUGUCGGAGAAGGGCUGGGGCCUGUUGCCAAAAGAGGGCAGCAGCCUCAUGCUGAAAAUGUGCCGGUUUGUGUAAGUGGAUCAUCCAUUGCCAGAGAAGGGUGGAAGCCUAAUGCUGAGAAAGUGCAAGAGCCCAUUGUUAGAGGCGGACAAAACUUCAUUAAUGAAAAAGGGAAGGAUUGCAUUGUCGGAGAAGGGCCAGAGCCUGUUGCGAAAAGAGGGCAGGAGCCCCUCGAUAAAAAUGUGCUGGAGCCUGCCGCUGAAGAAGAGCAGGAGCCUAUAACAGAGAAUGAGCACGAGUUUGCAGCUGGAAAUCAGCCCGAGUCUGUUGCUGAAAAAGAGCAGGAGAUUGCUCAAGAAACAAUUUUAGGUGAUGACAGCACUCCACGUGUGGGGAUGACUUUCAAAUCUCCCGAAGAAGCCUUCAGAUUUUAUGACCAAUAUGCUUGUCGUACUGGAUUUGGCAUUAAAAUACUACACUCAAUGUACUACAAAGAUGGACGAUGUAGGUAUCUCAUGCUCUCGUGCAACAGAGAUGGUAAAGUGAACUAUAAAUCUGAGAAAGUGGCACCUAAAACAAACUGCAACGCGAGGUUUGGACUGGUAUGCCAUAAAGAUGGAUUGCUUCAUGUUAAGAAAGCUAUUAAUGAUCACAACCAUCCCCUUACUCCAGGAACAGCUCACUCCCAUCCAUCCAAGAAGAGGAAACAAUAUCUUGGAGAUAUUGAUGGAGACAGGAUGCUUUCAGACAAGUUGUGCCAAGAACAUGGAUCUACAAAAUCACGGAAGCAAGGAGCUGGAGAUAACAAAUGCAAGUUGAGACUUGUGGAAGGAGAUGGUGAAGCUCUCUGUCAGUUCUUUGUUGUUAUGCAAACCAAGAAUUCUUGCUUCUUCCACUCGAUCUAUCUGGAUGAGGAAGGUUGUUUAAAGAAUGUGUUUUGGGCCGAUGGCAGGUCAAGAAUAGCGUAUCGGUAUUUUGGUGAUGUUGUUUUAUUUGAUUCUACCUUUCUGAUAAGUAAAUUUGAUUUGCCUCUUGUUUCAAUUGUUGGUGUAAAUCAUCAUGGCCAGUUGGUGUUGCUUGGUUGUGCUUUGCUUUCCGAUGAAACCAGUGAGACAUAUACUUGGCUAUUUAAGACUUGGCUAUCUUGCAUGCUCGGACAAACUCCAACUGCCAUAAUCACUGACAGAAAUAGAGCCAUACAGCAAGCAGUUGCCAAAGUAUUUCCAAGAGCUCGUCACCGGCAAUGCAUGUGGCAUAUACUGAAAAGGCAUCCAGAAAACUUGCAAGGAUGUGUGCAAUACAAAGAAAUUAAGAAGACUUUUAAGAAAGUAGUAUAUAAUUCUUUGACAGCUAAUGAGUUUGAAGAAGACUGGAGAAAAAUGGUUGAGAAGUAUGGACUUGGUGAUAAUGAGUGGAUCAAGUUGCUGUAUGAAGAUCGACAUUGCUGGGCUCCAGUUUUUGUGAAAGACACAUUUUGGGCAGGAAUGUCUGUCACCUUACGUGGUGAGAGCAUGAACUCCUUCUUUCAAGAGUAUAUUGAUUGCAAGACUUCCCUGCAACAAUUUCUUAGUGAGUAUGAGGUAAUCAUGCAAAGUAAACAUGAAAAAGAAGUUCAGGCAGAUCUUGAAUCACAACAUCAAAACACUCAAUUGAUAACGCAGAUUUACAUGGAACAACAGCUAUGUAAAGUCUACACAAUAGACAUGUUUAAAAAAUUCCAGGAGGAGAUCAAGGCUUUAGUAUAUUGUGUUUCUUCACUGAUAAAGGUUGAUGGUCGGAUAUCUAUCUUUGAAGUACAAGAACAUGUAAGAGCAAAAGAUGGUAAAACCAUGGAGCAGAAGAGAUAUGAAGUUCGUUAUGAUGAAAAUGAGUUGGAGAUUGCAUGUAUUUGCUGCUCUUUCCAGUUCAGAGGUAUACUUUGUAGGCAUGCAUUGUCUGUGCUUCACUUUCGAGGUGUGGCUGAACUUUCUUCUAACUAUAUUCUUCAGCGUUGGAGAAAAGACUUUAAGCAGAUGCAUUCUUUGAAUUGCUUUCCUAAUCAGGUUGUCGUUGAUGGGACAAUGGAAUGUCAUGAAAUAUUUCGCAAUCGUUGCCUUAAACUGGCUGAAAUAGGAAUGAUGUUAGAUGAAAAACAUGAAUUUGCAGCGAAGGUAGUCAACGAGGCAAUACAGAAACUUCUUUCAGAUGAUAGCACAUGUGAAGAUACACAACCUGAGACUCUUUCUCUUGAAGCUACGACAAAUUGCGACAUGGUUAGUUUUAGUGCCAAUGACAAUAGGGAUGUGGGAAAUGAAAAUCAUGGAAUUCAUGAUCCUUUGCAAGUAAGCAGGCAGAUUGGAAGUCACCCACAUUUUCAAUUUUUUCAAGAUAGGGUUCAGGCUGGUCAGCAGUCAACCGGCUAUAGGUCGGGAGCAGAGUGGAGCUUCCAGCAAUAUUUUCAUGACACUCAGAUACUAGAGGCACCUUCUUGCUCAAGGCCUUGGUAGGAGAGGAAGCUUCAGUUUGCUAACUAGUAGCCACAGAUUUCAAGAAUGACCACUGAAAACCAACCAAUCUGCUAAAAAGGACUUUGCGAUCCUUGUUAGCUGGGGAAAACUGUGUGCGCUUCCUGAAAGGGACCUGAUUUGGAUGGCUUCAGAACCGCAAGAAAAGCUUUCGUGAGCUGGUAUCUGCAUGGUGUUAUCUUUCUGCUUUACUUUGUAAGAUAUGUUUAUUGAUUUCCUAGAAUGCCAUAGCUGAAAACAGUUAUUAUACUAUGUAAAAUUCAUGUAAGAAAAUGGUUGUUUAAUGUUCCCUGGACUUCAUGACACCUAGAACUGUCCUUUUUUAGCUUUCCUUUAAUGGAUCAAUGUUUAAAUUAUUUUCUCCUUUCUCUUCUCUCAGAAGGGUUCGAUUUGCUUAUGAAAUUGCUAUUUAAUCAUGGAAUCAAGUAUUGGACAAUUUUGAUUUGAUUCA